CCUGGGCACACACACUCACACUUGAGAGUACUUAACCUCUCCACCAUACACACACACACGCACACAGUAAGAGCGGUUGACCUGUGGUACAUUACCUGAGUCUCAGCUGGAGCCCAGGGGACAGGAGACUCAGGUCAGCACUGGAGUAGCUUCCAAACAUUCUUCACCACGCUGUAUGACAGAAGAGCUAACCAGCCUGAAGUUAGAAAAAAAAGCUGAAGACUUAGGUUCCCGACCACAACGUACUGGCGACAAGGCGCUGCUCAUCAACAAAAGCCAGUCGUGUGGGUUUAAGGAUGGCCGGUGUGGCUCCUCCCCCUGCCUCACGCCCUGCCCUCCUGCUGUUCACCCUUAUGGCCAUGACCCUGGUGACCUCCAGCUACCCUCAGCCACGCCUCCGACCCAUACACAGAGGUUCCUCUCCAAGUGAUCCAGGAGACUCCAACAAGAGGGAGGAGUGGGAGGUGCUCUACCCUUCCAUCUCGCUCCGUGAUUGGAGCAUGCAGAUGAUGUCAGCCCCGUUCUUUGGUGAGGCCAAGAGCAAAGCAGAGCUCCUGGGGGAGCAGUGGCUCCCAGUGGUGAGCCAGUGGCAGAUGGACGAGGAUAUGGCCAAGGGCUGGCUGGGCGACUGGGCUCCGCAGGGCUCCAACAAUGAGGAGAAGAGGAACAUCGUGGUGGCGGAUGAUGCAGCGUUCAGAGAGAAGAGUAAGAUGCUCACAGCUAUGGAGAGACAGAAGUGGCUUAACUCCUACAUGCAGAAACUGUUGGUCGUCAAUUCCCAGUAAUAAGAUGACUGCUAAGCCUACGUAUAAAUGACGUAACCUGAUUUGAUUUUUUUUGUUAAUAACGUGCCCUGAUUUAAAAAAAAGAAUAACGUACUAAUUACAAUUACUCAGAAUGUAAAAGUCAAUAAAGAUUUUUAUCAGA